UUCACCUUCAGAACGGCUCGGUUUUUAGCAACCGGUGAGUAUUGAAAGACAUGAGUUUGGUUUCUAGGAUGUAUUUAACUUAAAAAGCAAACAAAAACAACUUCUAAUUAAAUCAUUUUUAGUUGUAGGAGAUAGCUAUCAUUCCCUGCAAUACCUUUUUCGGAUUCCAGUCACGACCAUUUCAAGGAUUAUACCUGAAGUUUGUGAAGCGGUAUUUACUGUGCUGAAAACGGAUUAUCUCCAAAUCCCAAACUCUCAGGAAGAAUGGUAUGAAGUUUAGGUGCUCUAGAUGGCAAGCACGUGGUUAUGAAAGCACCAAGGAAUAAAGGCAGUCUUUAUUUUAAUUAUAAAGGAACACAUAGCAUAGUCCUCUUGGCACUAGUUGAUGCAAAAUACAAAUUUCUUUAUGUGGAUGUCGGAUGCAAUGGACGCAUAUCUGAUGGUGGCGUGUAUGCAAUCUGUUCAUUGUCAAGAGCAUUAGAAAACAACAUGUUAAACAUGCCAAAACCAAGGCCAUUACCGGGUGAAUCUGAAGAUGCACCUUUUGUUGUUAUUGCCGAUGAUGCUUUUGCCUUGACUUCCUAUUUAUUAAAACCUUUUCCUUUCAAAAACCAACCCGGAUUUAAUCGGGUUUUUAACUACAGAAUAUCAAGAGCAAGGCGUGUAGUUGAAAAUGCUUUCGGACUGAUCUCGGCUCGAUUUCGUGUUCUUAGACGACCAAUAGACUUACCUCCAGAGAAGUUUAAAAAAAUUGUACUUGCAAUAUGUUCUUUGCAUAAUUUCUUACUGACCCAAAAAAGUUCGGCAUAUUUAUAUGCCCAAAAUGGAAUAUUUGAUACUGAAAAUGAUGGGAACGUUAUCAAUGGGAGUUGGAGAAAUGGAGGUAAUCCUAUAGCUAAUAUGGUUCCUUUACAGACUACAAAUGUUAGAAACCCAUCGAAAACAGCCAAAGAAGUACGAGAACAAUUUAAAAAUUAUUUUGUAUCCAAACAUGGUGAAGUCGCCUGGCAGUAUAAAUAUAUAUAAACAUAAUACCAUUUUAUCUGCUUAAUGUAAUAUAUGUUUCUAAUGCUGAAAAAAUGUUUACUCACCGUAUCCAUAAAGUUUGCAGUGCUUUUGGUGCUCCCACAGCAACCCAUCAUGAACUGUAACGCAUCAUAAAAUUCCCACUUACUUUUCCACAGUCUAUCAUCAGUUCCAUCUCCACUUUUGGUUUUUUUUUAAUUUUCCUUAUCUCCGAAUUCAUUUGACACCUUAAAUUAUGCCAUUUUAUUCCAACUUCGGCUUCAGUGGUUUUUAACUGAUCUGCUAUAUAUUUUAUAGCUUGGGCCUUUUUAUCCCGAUCUCUGUACUCAUUCAAUAUGCAAUUCCAAAGUUCUGGAUGUGCCUCGUACAUCCCAAUUAGCUUGAGAGUAAUUUCUUUGUCCCAUUUCAUAGCUGUUUGCUCAUUUACACUUGGUGGGGAAGCCAUGCUUUCAACUAAUCUAUUUAACUCAUCGAAUAGAGCGAAACAAUGCGAGAGUGAUCUAGAGAACUAGUCUCAGUACUGUGUCCACUACAACCCUACCUAGACUAACGUCGCGCUACCGAGAGUAUUACGCCACACUCGCUAGAUCAGUCUCAGUAAUAUGUACACUAUAGACUUAGUCUAAAGCGACUCUAGCUAGCGCAAAUCUCGGGGAAAAAUCUAUAGUGUACACGUACCAUUACGCUACUACUUUGACUUUGGCAUUCAACGAAACC